AUGCAAGCCCCGGGCCAGGGCUUCGUCGACACCGACGAUGGGUUCACCGAGGACGACAUGUUUGCCGCCGACGAUAUGAGCGCCACCCCGGACGGCAUCCCGCACUCUCGCUCGUUCCUCGAGCGCGAAGAUUUCGAAAGCGAGCUCGGGUCGGUCGACCCGUUCUCUGAGGAUUUCUCCGAGAUUUCGAGCUUCGAGAUCGUGGAAGUGGUUGGGGACGGAGAUGCGGCUGCCCGUCCUAUCGUCAUCAUCUACGCCUACAGAUUGCCGUCCAACAAAAACUUUGACCACAACAAGUUUUUGCGAUAUCUUCAGGCGACGCUGGACAAGGUGGUCGAGUCCGACUACACGAUCCUCUACUUCCACUACGGGCUUCGCUCCAACAACAAGCCCCCAAUCAAAUGGCUCUUCCAGGCCUACAAGAUGCUCGACAGAAAAUACAAGAAAAAUCUCAAGGCGCUCUACGUCGUGCACCCGACGCGCUUCAUCAAAAUAUUGUGGGGCCUCUUCAAGCCGUUCAUCUCGUCGAAAUUCGAGGACAAGCUCAACUACUUCAAUUCGAUCGACGAGCUGGCGCGCGCUGUCGAUGUGACCAGGUUAACCCUCCCCGAACCAAUCCGCACCCACGAUGCUUCGAUCGUGUCCACGGACGUCUCCGGAAUUCCGAAGCAACAAUCUUCCGCCGCGCCGCCAAGACCCACGCAACAAUUCAACGUCACCCUCGAUUUCAUCCUCUCCCAUCACCCCGACGAUGAGGUGCCGCCGAUUGUGACGCAACUUAUCGAGUAUUUAGAGGCGCAUUGUCUGAAGGUGGAAGGGCUUUUCCGGAAGAGCGCGAGUGUUGCUGCCGUCCGCCGGUUACAAGAGCGCAUCAAUCGAGGGGAGCACGUGGAUUUCGUGAGCGACCCAGAGUACGCGGACAAUCAACAGCUGGCCGCCAUCCACGCGUCGGUGUUGUUGAAGACAUUCCUCUCCGGGAAAAGCCUCGGCGAGCCGGUCACCACCAAUCGACUAUACCCAGAGUUGGCGGCGUUGGCUGAUGUCCCGAAGCCAAAGAAAACCGAGGCCGUCGCCGAAUUCGUGAAGCUACUCCCGCGGCCAAACUACUUGCUGCUGAAGGCGGUUUGCCGGCAUUUGACCAAGGUGGCCGCCAAUCACCAGGAGAAUCUGAUGACCGCCAACAAUCUGAGCGUCGUCUUCGGGCCCAAUUUGACCUGGCCAUCCGACCAAGGGGUGCCCAUCACGCAGCUCAACAACCUCAACAAUUUCUGCUACAAGUUGAUCGUCGAUUUCGACAAGAUCUUCGACCAC